GUGACGUCAUCACGUCGGGCACCCUUCGCGGGAAAAGCGCAGCGCACGAACGCCUCGUUUUGGACGCCGAUUCUCCAGAUUUAUGAUUAUUUUAAAAGUUAAAUUUAUCGUGAAUAAAUAGCGGAUUUGACAUUCUCACCGUUACUUUCGCCACUUACAUUUUGCGAUAUCAAUUGCCUCAAACAUAUAAGGAGAUCAUGGCCACGGCUCAGAUGAUCCGACCGAAACAAUCGCAACGAAUGAGCAUAAUACCUGAAAAGAUAGAUACGGUGCAGCAGUCUGUGGUUUUCAUCAAGCGCCUUAUAGCCAUAGCCAUCUCCAACAUCACCUACCUGCGUGGCAUCUUGCCAGAGAAAGCCUACACAACAUGCUACAUUGACGAUCUUACCCUGAAGAUCAUCUGUGGAAAAACCUCCCUCCCUGGCGCCUGUCAGAUUGUGGAAUGGAUGAAAGGAUGUUAUGAUGCCCUUGAAAAGAAUUACCUCAGGAUGAUGGUUAUCGCUGUGUAUCGUGAUCCGCAAGACCCAAGCACGAUCUUUGAGACCUACACCUUCAAGUUCGCAUACACAGCUCUUGGGCCAACAAUGAAUUUUUGCAGUAGCAAGAAAAACAUUACCUUCUCUAUUGAAGAAACCAAGCGUGCCACGAUAUUGCUCAUCCGCAAGUUGUUUGUGCUCACGCAGCACCUGGAGGAAAUGCCGGCGGAUGUGUCGCUCACAAUGAAACUCUUUUACUACGAUGAGGUAACCCCAGAGGACUACCAACCACCGGGUUUCAGAGCGAGUAGCACAGAGCCCUUGCAUUUCCAUGGCGAUCCAACGACUCUGCGCGUGGGGCACGUGGCCUCGGCCUUCCACUCGGUGAAAUUGCGCAUCACCGUGGACCGCAGUCAGCUGGACGAUUAUAACCCGGAGGAGGAGACGGGAAAAACGGUGGUGGGGAAAAAGAGGGGGGAUAAGGACUUGCUGCAGCAGCGCUGCAUGGAAGAGGAAGAUAGUGACAUCAUGCAGGUGGUCCCAGAGCUCAAGACUCCAGAGUUAAGGAAACUUACCAGCGGCGUAUCCUUUGACCGGCCACAGAAGCAGGGUUCAAUGGAAGCAGGUCCUAGAAAUGCAGUCCAUGAUCUAGAUGGUGGAAGCGAGGAAAAUCGCCAUGAGGACAACCCACUGGUUUCCAAAGCCGCAGCACUCUCCCUGGGCCAUGACAGCAAGAGCCGCUCUGGACUCAGCCUCAGCAACAGAAAAAAGAGCCACAAGACCGAUACCACGACGACUGCAAUGAAAAAUCCGACCCUGACGAUGCCAGACAAAACAAUCCUGGAGGAGAUCGGGGAAAGCAACCAGGGCGGCGUGCGGCGUAACCCAGCUCGUGCGGCUAAGAAGAGAGAAUGCUUCCAGCUAGAGAACGGCUACACCUUCAACGUAUCUUGCAGCCAGGAUGAAGAACCUCGCAGCAAGCUCAGCAGGAACAGCGAGCCCGACAAACGCUUUAGGCGUAGCUGCUUCGACUAAAGGCAGCGCGCCUCACAAACGCCUGGACCUGGGGCGGCCCUUUUAGAAAUGUUUAUGCCUCUUUUACACUUGCACAUGUUGAGCUGUGGUGGAACCGUGCCGCGUUGCCUCAACACGGCCGGGUCGAGCCAAGCACGGGUUGUUGUUUUUUCCACCGCGUGAGCCGAGCCGAGCCGCUGUGACGGAACGCGCAAUCCGCACGUGGAGGACGCGGCGACGUUCUGCGGGCUGUUACGGAUUGACGUCGCGUGUGUUGCACGUGUCGCUCACCCCGCACUGAUUCGAACGUCUUGCGAGGCGAGCGUAGCACGGCUCAGUUCGGGCUCAGCUCGGUAAUAUACCAGUGGAGAACCACCCAUACCGUGUUGGCGCAGCUCGGGUGUGCAAGUGUAAGACGGGUAUUUUGAAAGGAAAAUAAGAACGAUGUUUUUGGCGGUGACGGGGCCGAGUAUUGCAUCACUUUGUUAAUUACACAGAUUUUAAUUGUUCUUUGUUGGUAGUUCGAGGUCACUCCCACUAGGUGGCGGGAGAGACCUACGCGUGGUUCAGCGCGAUCCAUUUACAGACACCCCGGUGAAUAGAAAUUCAAAACCGCAGCCCCUCAAUGGCUCCCAAUGCUGCUGGCGGAAGGACCUCCUCUCGAUGGGGCUUUCGAGAGCUCCUCUCGAGAGUAUGUUUGACCUGUUCUUCCACCCUGGCUGGACAUCUCGUAAGAGGUGGGAAUUUGCCCACACUUCAUCACAUGACCUAAUUAAUAAUCGACUGACGAUGUACCCGUCUAUGCUGCUGGUUGCAGAGAUGCACGCGGUGAAUUUAAGAAACUUGCAACAUGUUGUUUCAACUGUUGGGCUGAAAUAUGUAAUCGAACCAGCGGCGGCCUAUGGAUUUCAGGUUCAAUUUGCUAUCCAUUCUACCACCGCAUCCUAUUCGGAGAUUGUUAUUAUUAUUGAAACUAAUACAUUUGAUUGCAAUGCCUCUUACACGUCUCGCCAAUCUCAAUCAACGUGUUAAAUUGUUUAGCGCUGUCCUGAUACACUCUGCCCAACAUAGCCGGUGUGAUGCGUUCACAAUAUACAAUGAAGCGUCAGCCGAGGUCAUUCACGGGGCUUUUUAAAUCCUUUAUAUUAAGUUCACUUGCUUGCGUGCUUGCUUGCGUGCUUGCUUGCUUGCGUGCUUGCUUGCUUGCUUAGGAUCGUGAAAAUCUUUCGGUCGUUUUUUAACCCACUUCCCGUGAUCCAAUCGAGCUGACAUUUUGCACACAGACUCGUUGUGCGUGACAAUUUAUUUUCGUGAAAAAAUGUUUCCAAAAUUUUCCACUUUUUAGGGGGAAAAAAUUUCAUAUUUAAUUUAAAAUACCAAUGUGAUAAAAAUGAAACUCUUACUCAAGAAAAUCAGAAAUGAAUAAUAAAAUAAAACCGAUGCCACGCAUAUAAAUGAUUUAUAGUGAAAAACUUAGUUUUUACGGGUUAAUUUUUUUCUCACAAUUUCCACCUCAAACCCAACUCUCAAAUGUUUGGUGUAACCAGUUACGUACUGCGCGAGGAUGGGGUGACGAGAUGCCAGUGGAGUGUCUGUACGUGAAUCAUAAUCCCUUUGGCUUUACUGCUAUUUUCUAAACAAUUUUCGUUUCUAUAUUGUCACAAUGCAAUUUGAACCAUUUCAAUUGUUAACGACGCUUGGUGUCUCAGUGAUCGAAUGAGUGAAUGAGUGGUGAGUCCAAAUCUUGACUCAGUUCAUCAUCUCUCCGGGGUAGAUACAACUGUGGGGGGUUGUCGUGUGGGUAGGGUUCGGGUUACCCUCCGCCACAUCAAAAUUAUUUUUACACCACUGGCCGAGAGGGCGGUAAACCUGAGGCGAUGCUCACCCGUCCAGGAAACCACUUUGACUGUUUUGAGUAUCAUUAUUGAGCAGCAGUUACGAGCGUUCAGAGUUUCUUGGUGUUUAUUAGAAGGCGUUAUGUUUGAAAGUUGUUGUAAGUGAGAAAGUUGUUUUUGUCGGUGGGCGAGUUGGCAGUCAGGGCUGUUUUCCGAUUGGCGAAGCCGAAACUCUUUUUAUAUCAGAUGUGAUGGUAUCGACAGCGGAGUGGAUUAAUAGGGGAGGGGAAAGAAAACCCAUCGCAAGAAAGUUGUUUACUGCAUGAUAAAAUUGAGUGAUGGUAAUUUUAUCAAAACGAUUAGCGUAUUCUCCGCAUUAUAAAUUGCAAUAUUUCCCUUUGCAUUUUAAUACAAGAGUUGUGGCUGAGUCUUGCGAACUGACAUUAGUGUAGUAAGUCGUCGGUGUGUGGGCCACGUUUGUAUGAAGUAACUGACACCGGGCAAACGUCUUUCUUUUGGGAGUCUUACAAUGUGGAGAACACGGAAUAUUGUUUUUGUUAUUACCACGAACUUCAUUGUUACCCGUCUUGUUAUUCCAUGAAACCAGGGCCGCCUAUUAUUUCCCCGGCAAAAUGGGAGUGCCUCUUAAUCCUGUUUACAUUUCCGACUGAUUCUCGUGCGUAUGACAAAGGGGCUGUGAAUUUGAUGGAUUUGCCAAGCGGCGAGUCGCCGGGAUAGACGUGUAUUGAAGAACCGGUACAACUUUAUACACAAUACACGUCCACACACGCUUACACCACGUUCACACGCACGCAGAGGGAUCAUUGAUUUAGACGAGUUGUUAGCUAACACCUGUAUAAUAAAGCAACACUAUUUUGUCUCUCUGCAUAAAUAUAUCAAUUAGUCAAUCAACUUAUUGCCUUUCCAGCCCAAUGUUAUCCAGCAUAAAAAAAACGUAACAUACACUGCCUUCAUGAAAAAAACAACCCAGCCAAUCGAUAUUAUGCGCCAUUAUUUUGUUUAAUAAAGAAAACUAUGGACCGGUUUAUACCUUCCGGGUCUCAUGGGCAGUUGUUAGGCUUGUUCAACAAAUGUGAGCUGCAUUACCAAAUGUUAUUGGCAAGAGCGCGGAAUUUAAAAUAUGGGACCCCCUGGUCGACGUACCAACGCACAAUGAGUCUGUGCACUUAUGCACAGAUCUAUAUAUCGUACAUGUAUGCAUAUGCACACGCAUGGGCAUAUGCACACGUACAGCCAUUCACCCACACCUCAAUGCCUGGACAUGCACGCAAGUAUACUGACACUUAAACAAGCACAUGCAUGCAUGACGACACGACAGAUCCCCCUUAUAGCCUGCAUAGACUGUUGGGGCAAGUGCUGCUAGCGAGCACAUGAUGAAGGCCGAUAGGGCUGUUUUGUGCACGACGUAACAAGGUAUGUAUUUAAGGCUGAGUCGACCUUGGGGAGACCUCGGACCGGUUUUAGAUCGUACUCGCCGCUGUUGUUAGCCGUGGCCAGGCAUCGAAAUUGAUUUACUGGGUUCGUAGCGCAGUGCGCUAACCACUGCACACGCACACCCACGGACACACAAUAUGACAACACUCUGUGUCCUUGUGAAGAACGGGAUAUUGUAAACGACAACACGACGUUUUCCAUCGUCUUUACCAUUGCUCUAGCCCUGACGCUAUUCAUAAAACUAUCCGAUUCGGCGAUUUAAAACGUCAAAUCCAACACGCACACUAACUAGCCCUAUGCUCAACACUAACGCUUCCUAACACUACUAUGAAUACUCGCCCUCUUACGAAUAAUAUCCCAAACACCAGUCCUAAUACUAAUCCCAUUCCUAACAUUGAUCAUAUCCUCGGCACGAACUCUAUUCCUAGCACCAGCCUCAAAGCUAAACCCUAGGACUUGCUAUUCUAAUUCCAGCCCGAACAUUAACCCCUAUUCCUAUCCAAUAGCCUUAACCAGUCGUAAUUUUAACCCUACCACUAGCCCUAUUCAUAACUUGCCUAAACCUGGCACUUUCACCCGAGUCUUAGGCAACUCUAGCACUAACAAUAACCUCAUCGACGAUGCUUACCCGCUUUCUCGGUCUGUGUUUAACCCUUGCUACGCAACCCUAUCUUAAACGCCACUCAUCCCAAAACGGAACUCUUAUAGACUACAAGUGGGUGAUGGUUCACAGCGUCUGUGAAUAGAUUCCCGGCCAUGGAGAAUAGCGGUCGAUUUGUCCUGGAACGAGUAUUCGGUGCGGUUUGUUAACAUCAGCGUUGGGGAGACGAAGGCGGCCGGGCGUGGUGCUGGUCACCCGUGUGUGCCGUUCCGGCCUUCAGAGACGCUCGCUAACACAACUUGCCCCAAUAGUCUAAUAAGGCUAUACGGGGGAUCUGUGUCUCUUCGUCUUGUGUCUAUGCAGUGUAUGUGUGUGCUUGGUCGAAGUAGUGUACAGUAUGUAUAAGUGAAAUACAUUUCCCCAACAGUC